UAAAUGUGACGGAAUAUCUUCUCGCUGAAACUUAGGCCCUGCAUGUUAUCUCAAGCGAAGGAGUGGCUUUCGCUGGUAACCACACCCGGCAAACUAAUGCACCUGUCUUCCCUGCGACAAGCACACUGAAGGGACAAAUAAGUAUUCUGGUCGAAAAGAACAAGAAUGAGUCUUCCUGAUUACCGGUCCUCCGGAAAACAGUCCACUCCCGGCGUUCAGCUGCAUUCGCCGAUCGUGCAGCUGAACAUCGGCGGGAGACUGUACAGCACGUUCCUGAGCACUCUCCGGCAGUGUCCCGGCUCCAAGCUGGCGGACAUGUUCAGCGGCUCACCCAAGCUGCGCACAGACGCCGAGGGCCGCCACUUCAUCGACAGGGACGGCACGCACUUCGGGCAGAUCCUAGAUUUCCUGCGCUCAGAGACGCUGCCCUCGGAGAACGUGUGGGAGGUGUACAGGGAGGCCCUCUUCUAUGACUUGAAGCCCCUGGUCAAGCAGCUGGAGGAGUCGGCCCCGCUUUUUGGGGAGAUGGUGGCCAGGCAGCAGUUCCUUGCCAGGGUACCUAACUACAAGGAGAACCUGGAGGUGAUCAUCAGGAUCGCCCGUGCUGAGGCUAUGGCAUCCCGCCACUCUGAUGUCAUCAUCUGCAUUCUGAGGACGGAGGAGGACGUGACCAGGUACAACAACGCCGUCAAUGACUUGGAUGCCAACAAGGAGUCGGUGGUAAGAUUUGGGCCAUGGAAGUCCUCACCCACUGUCGGAGACCUUCUGGACUGUAUCAGAAAGGACAUCGAGGCCAAAGGCUACAAGAUUAGUUUUAAACCCCACAGUGCAGAGAAGGGCUUCGUUUUUAAGAGUUAUGACUUUUUCCACAAAUUAACUUUCACAUGGUGGUAACUAGUUCACUUCCCCUGAAAUGUUCUGGUCAUGGAAGUGACGGAUCACUGAAAGCCAAUCAAGCUGUAACCACAAGAUUCAAAUCUAAAGUCUUAUAAUCUUAUAAUCUUUACAGUGAAACACAGUAUUGCUCUGUGGUACAAGGACAUUCCACAAGGAUCAUUUUGCCACGUGUCUUUUAAAAUUUAAUAUAAGAGAAAAACAAUUCAUUCAAUAAAUGCAUUUAUAGUUGUAGACUUGUGUCAGCUGCUGAUUUGGAAACCUUGUGCUGGCAAAUAUAGUGAACCUACUUCCAACAGAAAGUAUAUCGCUAUAGCAGCAUAUCAGUGAGCCACUUGUCCAAAUUAUUGUAAUAAGGCAUGUAGUAUCUCAAAUUGUAAAUAAAGAAUCCACAUCAAAUAAAGAUCAAUUAAACCUA